AUGAUCUCACUGUUAGAAAACUGGAAGAACUUCCGGAGAACGUUCAAAACAACCUACUGUUCAAACCAAACUUUGCUGUCAACGCUGAACUUAACGAGGCCUGGACGGAGUUGCAGCUUGACUUUAACCAAUAAUCUGAAUCAAUCGACAGAUUGUGUGAUUUCGAGUACAAAAGGGGCAGUUUCGUUUUCGGGCUUUGCUUAGUGUUGGUAUCAGCAUUACGCCUCACUGAAGAGUAGGACGCUCAUUGUCUCGUAUGUCACAAUUUAGUAAAACUACAUGAGGUGGUUCCUUGCCAGUUCUAAGCAUUGAACAAAACCAGACAAAACAAAACAAUUUUAAUCANUUAUUCUGCAAAUAACCCAUAAACUCCACAGUUAAUUGUCUGUUUCAUCAAUUGUUUUACAUUGCAACGCCGGCCGCACAACAUUGUAUAUGUACUUUUCCCAUUCGUUCCUCGCCGUGAUCCACCAUCUCGAUUACCCCCGGCUUGCUCCCGUCAGGCAUCGUACUUUAGUCGAUGGAGCAACUGUAGAUGUAAUCCGGAGGUCACGUGGGUUGAAUCCCACCGAGUUUAACAGAUUUUUCCCUGUCGUGUGUAGUCUCCUUAUUCCCUUUACUAGGGCUAACCCUCAGACUGUGGGAUGAAUGGGUUAUUUGUAACUCUUGAAUUUUCACGAUCCAGAGUUAUUUUUCCGUUCCAUCAUUUAGUUAUAACUCAAUUAGGUUUUAUGGAGGUAAUUGUGUUAAAAUAUUCAGAUUGAUUUUUCUUAUGCGUUUCCGUAAAAAAUUUUAGUUGUGUAUGAAGCAAUAAAUUAAUCAACGUUAUCCACAGGGCUGAUAUGUCCUGCAUGGCAAACGAAAGGGGAAUUUUCCCUUCCCUUUUCUAUCCUGGGCCUGCUAGUUUUGCCAAUGUAGACGAUGAUUUUGUGAUCAGGAAAUGCCUAUAACAAUAAGUUUACAUUCAACAAACGAAUGCUAUUGACAUCGCGAUAAUAUUUCUAAAUCCCCUAGGUUCAAAGCAACAUUCGGCAAAUCUGUGUUGACACCAGUGCGCAGGUCCGUUCGUCUGGAGCGCGUCAGUACCCAGCAUCCCUCAGUGCUUCAGGAACAUGAUCUCACUGUUAGAAAACUGGAAGAACUUCCGGAGAACGUUCAAAACAACCUACUGUUCAAACCAAACUUUGCUGUCAACGCUAAACUUAACGAGGCCUGGACGGAGUUGCAGCUUGACUUUAACCAAUAAUCUGAAUCAAUCGACAGAUUGUGUGAUUUCGAGUACAAAAGGGGUAGUUUCGUUUUCGGGGUUUACUUAGUGUUGGUAUCAGCAUUACGCCGCACUGAAGAGUAGGACGCUCAUUGUCUCGUAUGUCACAAUUUAGUAAAACUACAUGAGGUGGUUCCUUGCCAGUUCUAAGCAUUGAACAAAACCAGACAAAACAAAACAAUUUUAAUCACAAGAAUUUAAGCUGAAUUAGUCGUUGCCGCAAUAACCUUGGUAAGGAUUUUAAAGAAAACGGCACCGUAAAAUUUUAUAUAAAAAUUCCAUGAAGAGCCAAAAGGAAACGUUAAAAUGUUAAAAGGUUGAUUUGAUUUAGUGUCCAAGACGCACAAAGAGUUUGACUCGAUGUCUCGUCUUUAAUUUGUUUAGUGAACGUAAUAAGAUAUUCCACAAUGCAUUUCCUGUUUUUAGUGUGUUGAGGUCUUAUAGUUUCCUUCAAUGUCGAGUUAUUCUGUAAUAUUUUGAAAAUGGAACUGUUCGUAAGUUUUUAUUUUCUGAAGUGUCUGAAAUGUAAGUAGGGGAAAAUAUUAUGUCCAAAGCCCGUAAUCCCAGGAGUCAUUCAAUUAAAAAAACUGUUGGUAUAAUAAUCCAUUUCUUGUAUGUCUAGUGUAUUUAUUUUUACCGUCAUUACCACAGCGUAGAAGAAAAAAAAUGAAUAAAUAGAAAUACCCACUUAAAGAUCCCGUUUACACAGGUAAGGGUUAGAAGCCACGACGAAAUUUUCUUUCUUCGCCAGACAGAAGUGGGCGAGUUGGAAUAAUCAAGACAGAGAGUGCAAGAACGCGAAUACGCCUUUUCCACAUUUUCCAUAAUGCACCUUAUUUGUCCCCCAAAUUUUGCAUAAGCAUUGUUUUCAAUUUUUCUUGUGACGGCUGUGAAACCCAGGAGAAAUGAAAAACAAAGGUUAUGCAAAAUUUGGGGGGGCAAAUAAGGUGCAUUAUGGGAAAUGUGGAAAUGUCGUGUUCAGUUUUUCAGCCACGUUUUUCAGGUUCGCUCGCGGCCAGGAGUGAUGAGUUACGAUAUAGCCUGUUCCAGGCUCAUACACAGUGGGGAAGACGCGAAAGUAAAAGGCACGCGAAAGUCGUCUUCACGCUCUAUAGUUACGAUGAGCCUUCCCCAGUGGUCAGCGGUAUAUUUUCUCAGUAACCAUACAUAAAGUACAUACACAAAAACCAACAUGGCGUCCCACGUGCAGUUUCAUCACCGAAAGUAGUAUUUUAUUUUACAAGCAUAGUAUAUCAUCGAAGUACAAUUUUCAACACUUUUAGCCAUGCUCAAGUCGAAGGUAUACGUAAAGAAGACGCGUAAGGGAGGAGUUAUGAAAGUAGUACGUGAACAUUACCUGAGAGAUGAUGUUUGGUGUGGGGCGAGCCAUUGCAUGAACUGCGGACAGACGGAAGACAAUUUACUUCAUCCAUCACCGCAGAGCUCGUCAAAGCUGUGCAGCUUCCCACAUUAUUUAUUACUAGACACAAACAUUGUGUUACAUCAGGUUAGAAGUCUUUUUUAAUAGUAUACUAGACACAAAUAAUGUGUUACAUCCCCGGGGUUACAUCAAGUGAGAAAUCUUUCUAGAAAAUGUAGUUGAACCGCCAUUAUGCGGUCACCCUCUAUUUAGCGGCCAAAAAUCAAAGUCCCGUGAUAACAAAAUCCUGGAAAAGAUCUGUAAGUGAAACCUCUUUUCAAUAAACCUCCUCCUCCAUCAAGCGGUCACUGCCACCUUUUGGGCAUUCUGGUGAGAGUUCUAUCGUUUUGACCUCUAUUAAGUGGCCAUCAAGCGCUUGAUACACUUAGUUUGGCUUUAUUUUUUAAAAUAUGAUGAAGGAAAAUACAUGCCAGUCUGAGAUAAGAGGUGACCGCUGAUUGUGGACCCAGUAAUGCCGCUCCCAUUGAGCAAUUUCAGAAAAUAUCUAUACGAUAACACAGACGGCUUACAUAUUUAAGCCUCCCUGGUCUUCGGAAUUUCUAAAAUGUGUUAUCCCCCCCAUGCCCUCAGAAUUCCAUAAUCGUCAACGUUAUUCUUGUUUGGAUUUUCUAUUUUUUCUCCAAACCCUUCAGAUCAGAAUAUACAAACAGGGUUCACAAACACGUGUAUGCCCAAUUUGGCUUAUUUUAUGCCAAAUUAUUUCAAAUGACUUUCCUUCUGUUCAGUCCAGCUGGUAAUCAAGUCUAUUGUUACCACUAUUCAACAGAUGCAGCCUAUAUUAACUUUAUUUAUUAUUCAUUCAAAAUCUUCCCCAAUUCUGAUUGGCUAAAAGCUCCCGCAUAAUUCACCAUAACCAGUUACUGAUGACCAAAUUUGGAAGAAUUUCGUGUUUAACGAGGAAAUGACGUCAAAAAUGCAGCCUUCUACAGGUUCAUGCACUGUUAACUGAGAAGGCCUGGGGACGAGGUUGAGUUGUUUUGGUUGUGAACUUGAAAAAUGGCAGACAUUUCACUCGUUUCAAGAGUAAGAACUAGGCGUUAUCUGGGAAGCCCAGAGUGACAAAGUCUGUAUAAGCUUUUUAUUUUUAGCAGUCUACAAACCCAAAAAGUGUAGACUGUAAGUAAUAUAACAAAACAACCCCAAAGUUAAAAGGAUCAAAAGUGCUCAUGUGUUAUUCCCUCAAUAAAAUCCAGUUCCCCUCAGAGAGGAUCAAAGGAUACUGGUAAUGGGACUUUCUUGACUGGUAAAUUAGGGAUAUGAAAGAUGUGAUAAUUAGAUUGCAUUGCGCAUAAGAUAAUAUAUUUGAAUGCUAUUUUGUGCCUAAUAUAUAAUCAUAAUUAUUAUUAUUAUGUAUUAUUAUAAUUACUGUACCAUGCUUCAAGUGUCUUCUGUGUUGGCGCCUCUUUGUAGGCGCCUCCGUGUUGGCGGGAUACUGCCAAGCCAAGCCAGCGGUGCAUCAACACUGACCCAACCAUGGGAGCUUAAAACUCUUUAUUCAACACAGCGUUUAAGGAUGUUUACUGGAAUGGUUCUUUGAAUUAAACUGGUUACCCUAAUUUAAAAUAUAGUGUCCAGUCAAUGACUGAAGGUUUUGGUAAAAGAUGAUGUUGGUGAAAUCUGUUUUAGACUUAGCCUCCCCGCAGACGUCCUUUGGGGUUCGUCUGUGGGGAGGCUAUUCUAGACUAUGAUGUAAUGGUAUAUUUUUGUCUUGUUUACUAGGUAGAUGUUCUUGAGGAUCCCAUCUUCAAAAAUGUAAUAAUAUUACAGACUGUUUUACAAGAAGUUCAGCAUCUCAAUGCCUCAGUUUACAAAAGAAUAAGAGAUAUUAUAUCUAACAAGGAAAGAAAGUUCUAUGUGUUUUCAAAUGAACAUCACAGGUUAGUAGGUAUAGCCAUACAAUGUAACUACAUGUGAAAGCAUGACCCUAUUAUCUCUCUCAUACCCAGUUAUUUUAGAUGGUAGUAGUUUAUAAAAACAUUGUUCAUCUGUUCACACUUUAUUAAUUUAAUUAAACCUUUAUACAAUAACCAUCUUCUUCAAUCUGAUUCUGAAUUUGUCUAGUCACUUACUUUGUGUGCCUCAGAUGGAGUUAUUAACUUUGACCUCAUUUCACAUUUCCUGUCACCAAUGGACCUGUGUAGUAAUUAUCACGUGAUAACAUUAGUCCCAGGGGGUGACCUCAACAAAGUUUCAUACAGGGAGGCUUCACCCCAAGGCCCAACCCCUUACCCUUCUAUAUCCCAUUUUUGACAGAAAAGGUGAAUGUACCCCUGUCAUAUACCUUCCAUUGACGAAUGGUACCCCUUUCACAUACCUAAUUUCAUCAUCAUCAGGUGAAGCUAGCUUGGGCGAUUACCUAAUUACCUAAUUUAGAACUUUGCAACCCUUUUGACUGCUGUGAAUGCAGUGUCUUUAAAAUAUGAAUUUGAUAUCACAAACUCAGCCCUUGUAGGUCCUUUACAGACCAAAAUGACAGAUUUCCCUACCCUUUCAUAAUAAUACUUAUGCUGGCAAAAUCCCUUCUCUUUCAUAUACCUAAAGGCGGAAAAAGGUUAGUGGAUGAGGAAAAUAAUUGAGCUCUUACCUAUUCUUUUAUUUAAAUUACUAUACAUAUAAUCCAGAUCAAAAUUAAAUUCAGGUUAAAAUUUUUUAACCUAGGUUGAUUCUGAAUUUCCUUGUCUACUACCUGUAAUUCAUGAAUAAAUAGGGCUAGGAGACAAAGGAAAUUCAGAAUUAACCUAGGUAAAAAAACUUUAACCUGAAUUUAAUUUUGACCUUUAACACAUAUUUGCCCCAGGAGGAGUGGAGGGGGGGGGGUGGUACUGCAGAUUUCCAGUGAUGGGGAUGAUCGAAUCGAGACAAAAAUCGAAACCCCAAAAAAUCCCUAGACCAAACUUUAUCCACCAAAAAAUUCCAUGCCAAAUUUCCAAGUCUUAAAAAUGUCCAGAAAGCAUUAACUGAUGUAACACAGACACAGGAUAAUUAUGUCGUGCCACUUUGCCGUCAUUCUCAUUGCAAAUUUUACACUUACUAUAAACUGACUGGGAUACACAGGCACUAGCACGAAUCUUAAGAUUGUUUUGAAUACCCCCAAAAAAUCCCUACUUAACCCAAGCCACCCAAAAAAAAAACCCCUUUGAUCAUGCAUUCCCAUCACUUAAAAUCCAAAGUACCUCCCCCUGGGCAUAAUUAUUUGAGUAUGUCAUAAUUGCUUGAAGUUUGCUGUUGUUUUUAGUAUGGUAGUAGUAUGUUUAAAAUAAAGAUAUUGAGGAUAAACAAGCAAAAUGAUAAUAUGAACCUCAAAGCAUGUAUAUGGUUGGUGACGCCUUCAAUGUAGUUUUUGUACUCUUUAUCCCACUCAUUUAUAGAGAAACCUACAUAGAGAGAAGAAAAGAUGAAUCCGCAAAUGACAGGAAUGAUCGAGCAAUAAGGACUGCAGCAAGGUGGGUUGUACGUAGCUAGUGCAGUAAAUUAACUUCUAUUGGAGAAAAGAGAGCAGCAUCCUUGAGAUACAGGGGUAUUGUAAUGAUUUACAUUCUGCUGAGGGCCAGUUAAUUUCCUUGGAUUGACCAACAUGUCACAUUGUCUUAAAAACUGAGUGUCUUAGUGAUUGUGUUUUAUAGAGAAAGUUAGAUUGUACAUAUAGCUUCUAAUUUUGGGCUUUGAUUUGAAGAAAAUUAGGCAAGAGGGUGUAAUUAUGUACAAUAAUUUUUAAUUGUGGUGUGGGGUAAGGACUCCCAUAUGAAAGGGGCGGUGAUGUUUUUCAUCCUAUUUAGGGGUGUUAAUAAAUUAUUGUAGAGUUUGGCAUCACUGUGGGUGUUCAGCAGGGAAGGUCAUCAUUUUGAGCCAUACAUACAGGUAUUUCUCGAUACCUUAUGCAUGAAGAAAUGAAGAAGAGAAGAGGAAGAAGUUCAGAAAAAAAAGAAAGCAUUCAAUAAAAACUCUGAAUUUGGCUAUCUGUUUUAGAAUCAUGUUUAUGGUAUUUAAAUUCCGAGUCAAAUAAAUCUCAAACCAUGUCCAUAUUUUUUAUUUGAAUACAUGCUAUUCUUUCAGUUGGUAUGAUGAACACCUGAAGGAAUGUGAAGGGGGAAAUGAUGAAGAAUCAAGAAUAAGAGUUGUUCUUCUCACUGAUGACAAGAAAAAUAAAGAGAAAGCUAAAUUGGAAGGAAUCAUAAGCUAUACAGGUAGAUACAUGUGUAUAUUUGGUGUGCUGUUUAAACAUGUUCUUGUAAUAAUUAUUGGUAUUUGAUUUUGUAAUUUUGCAGUGGGCUGUUUUUCAUUAAAUUAAUGUUAGUACAUGUAAGAGCCAGAGGGUUAAUUUGCAGGUUUGCAGGUUUCGGGUGAAAUCAAAGGUCUUGUAACUCAAACCCUGACAUAGAUUUUGCACAGGGGCACCCAAACUAGCCUGUGUACAUACUGUAACAGGCGCCAGUUAAUUUUUUGUAAAGGCUGCGAGAGGGGAACGCAUGAAGAGACAGGAGGCCACCUCAGUCACCUUUUCUUCCUCUCCACGCAUGCAUCCUCAAGAAUUCCCCCUUCACUUUAAAAAAAUAAUAAUAAAUCAUGCAUGCUUAGUUAAUAAUGCAUAUGUUGUUUUAUCAGCUCAGGAGUAUGUUGAAAACCUUGAAGGGUGUGAAGCAUUAGCUGACAGACUGGCCCGUCCCUCCCAGACUGGACAGGAGGAGGUAUACCUUAACUGAAACUUAAAUUGAUAUGCUGAUCCUAACUGUCAUAUAGUCUUAAAAUUCUUCUAAACCACCAAGUUUCUUUUGUGGCAAUUUGACAAGGUUUAUUUCAACCCUAAACUGAACAUGUAGCUUAGUAAUGGUAAUGAUUACCUCUAGUUAAAAUUAUUAACCUGUCUUGACUGGUUCCUUUUUUUUAUUUUGCUGACCUUAAAAGCAAUACAAAGUUUGUUUUUAGAUUGAGAGGGAUAAUUGGGUAACCAUAUGCUUGAUGGAGGAUCAAAGCUUAGCUAAUAAAAUCUUCGACUUUUAUGUUAUUGAAUAGCCAGUUGCUUGGUAAAGCAUUUUUUUAAUAACAAGGAAAAUUAGAAGUACAAUGCUGUUAACGAUUUCGACGUUUAACGUCAAAGUUGUUAAUAGAGUUGUGAUAUGAUUUUCAUUCUCAAUAAUGAUGUUGUACAUGUAUACAUCAAAACGUCAAAUAACAUUUAUAUUUAUAAUUUUCAUUUUCCUUGCUUUUGUGUCCAAUUUUUUUUCUUUAGUCUGAUGGCAAGAAAACUAGAAAGCUGGUGUACCCUGAGCAUCUUCCAUUAACAAAAAUACAGGCUGGGCUCAAAAGUGGCAGGUACAUGCAGGUACAAUUUACCAUGAGCAACAGCUGUUUGAUUGAUAGGAACUUUUGAUACUGGGGUAAAGGUGUUUGGAUACAGUUUUCUGGAGACAUUUUUCAAUCACAUAAUAGAAAAUGGCCUUCCCCAUGUCAGAUCGACAUUAAAAAAUCCUCACUACUAUCUGUUUUUGGAUGGAAGAUUGGCUGCAAGAUGCAGUUUGUGGCAAACUUAAUAAAUUAUUACCAUGAAAUAAUCAGCAAGAAAGUUUGAAAUCAGUGAAAGCCAAAUUUUUUCUGCCUUUUAGACCUUCCAUUGAAAAUUUGAGACAUGUUUCAAAAACUUAUCAAAAUAACUUGUUAAAACACUUUUUUGUCUAUCAUUACAGUGGAACCCCGUUAAUGCGACCACCGUUGGGCCAUAAAAUCCUGGUCGUAAUAACGAGGUGGUCGCAUUAACAAGGUCUUCAAAAUAAUAAAAUGACUCAAUGGUUUUUACUUUUGGUUUGAAAGAAUAUGGCCGUAAUAACGAGGUGGUCUUAUAAACGGGGUGGUCGUAAGGCAGGGUUCCACUGUACUUGCCAAAAUUAAUUUUUGUACAUGUACAAUUUUAUUUUCAUCCCUUGACAAAAUUUCAACCCUGUAAGAGCUCUGUAGCGUCACUGUAACAGGGUUGUAAAAUUAACCUGUAACAACCCUGUUACAGCUCGUCAUUUGGCACAGUUAGCAAGGCUGUUUCUACACUGUAGCAGCCUUGGAACAGCCCUGUCACGUUUAACUCAAAAUUUCUUAGUAGACACCCUGUAACAGCCAUGUUACAACCCUGUUUCCACCCUGUGCCACAGCUUGUAAAUUGGGACAGUUAGCAAGGCUGUUUUUACACUGUGGCAUCCCUUUAACAGCCAUGGUACAGGUUUAAUGCAUCACAACCCUGUUACAACUUGUUAAUAGGCAGGUAACAAUUGGUCUAAUUUUUCGUUUUGUUUCCUCUUUUUAUAAAGGGUUCUUUUCACAGAAGUAGGUAAGUCCAUGAUUAUCCAUUCAACUCUAAAACUGUAAGACGGACACCUCUGAGACCAACACUGUGUCCAUCUUAGAGAGAUGUCUGUCUUUAAAAAAGACAACUAAAAGGAAGAAAGAAAGGCUGGCAUCGUCCAUAAGCGUCCAUUCUAGUGAGAGAUGCCCAUCUUAAGAGAGGUGACUGCGGGAUGUACAUUAAAUAGAUAAGUCAAAUCAGGGGAGUUGAAAUACCAUUCUAGACUAAGCACCAAAAACCACCCAUACCCACAUCCAGUAGACUAUUAUUACCAUUAACCAGAAACUCUAAUCUUUAAACAACUAAUCUGAGUUUUCCAUAGAAUUAACAAAUACCUCAAUUCUAGAUGAAAACCCUCUUAUUUCUAUACCCUAUCUCCUACACCUAUCCCAGACUAAAGUGCUUGAAAACCAUGCUUUCCAUAAUAGGGCAUAGCUUAAUGGCCCAACCUAGUGAGAGGGCCCCCAGAAACCUUGGCCAGUAAAACCAGGUGAAUGGUAUAUUAAGAAUAUUAAAUAAAGUGCAAUAUAUUUGACUGCUGCAGCUUGGUGGUCAAAACAUGAGUAUUUAAGGUGGCUCUGAACCUCUUCCCAAGAACGAUAAUUUAUUGUAAUGCCGCUUAUCUCUAUUCCAAGGACAUUCCAAGCUCAUUGUUGAGUGGUCAGUGUUCAGAAGCCUUGAUCAGAAAUGCUGCAUUGUCUCAAAAAUUUUUGGUAUAUAAUUUGGAAUUGAGAAUGUGGUCCUACACAUAUUCUUGCAAUGACCUUCAUUCUUACAUGUGAGACCCCUGUCUUUAUAUUUUUGUUAUUAGUAAAGGAACCUUGAAGAUUUUGUUCAUUCAAUCUCUAGGGAAAACUACACAGAGGCUUAUGUGUUUGUUCAUGAUGGAGAUAAACAGGUACAUCUACCCCAGCAAGUUGCCAUUAUUUAGAAACCCAUUUUUUAGCCCAAACGAACCUCAGAA